AUGCUUCCGGGAGGGGAAGACGGCAAGCGGCGCGGCGCCACCGCCGACAGCGACGCCGACGCCGAGGCCGGCGCGAACGCGGCCGCCCUGAACGACCUCUGCGCCACAGCCGGGGACGCGGGGCGUCCCGUGCCCGCGCCGUUCCCGAGGGCGGCGGCCUGGGCGGUCGCGGCGCUGCUCGCGGUGGGGAUCGGGCUCGGCGUCCUCGUCCUCGCCGUCGUGCGCAGCCCCGUGCUGCUCGUGCUCGCGCUGGUCCUCUCGGCGGCCGUGUUCGCGUUCCUCCUGUGGAAUGCCGCGGCCGCGGCUUCCGGCCGCGUGCUGCGGCGGUUCGUCGACGGGCUCCCGGCCUCCAGCCUCCGCGUCGCCGCCGACGGCCAGCUCGUCAAGAUUACCGGCCCUGUUUCAUGUGGUGAUAUUUCGUUGAUUUCUUCAUAUGAGAAGGUGGAGAACUGUGUAUACACCUCUACGCUGCUAAGAAAAUGUGUUAGAUGGGGUUCUGAGGUGGCAAAUCCUAAAAAUAAUUGUUCCAGGUGGAAAUUGACACAUGCUGAGAGGUUUGCUGCUGAUUUCUACAUAACAGAUGCAAAAUCAGGUAAAAGAGCCUUGGUGAAAGCUGGGUACCACACGAAAGUUGUUCCAUUGAUCGAUGAAAAUGUUCUGGUUACAACAAGCAGAAGUACCGAUCUAUCUUCAACCUUGAAAUGUUGGCUACAAGAAAGAAAUCUUUCUUCUGAAGAAGCUCAGCUUAUCCGUCUUGAGGAAGGAUAUAUCACGGAAGGAAUGAGGUUGAGUGUGAUUGGAAUUUUGAGCAAGAAGAAUGGAGAGUUCAUGAUAUUUCCUCCCCGUGAACCAAUAUCUACAGGUUGUGUGUUGCUGUCAUUUCUCCUUCCAGCUUACUUUGAUGGAAUAGUUCUGAGACUAGUAGACAAGAGUUAUUUUAUGCCACAUUCUGGAAUUUCAUGA